UCCGGACGGACCCCAAGCAGGUGUUCUUGUGGGGUCUGCCGGGGACCUGCUUCCCAGGCUGCUGGGAAGUCGGUGCUGAUCACUGGCUGCGACAAAGGUUUUGGCUACGCCUUGGCCCGGCACCUCCACGCCCAGGGGUUCACCGUCUUUGCUGGGUGCCUGCUCAAGGAGCGCGGGGGCGAUGGGGCCAGGCAGCUGGAAGACCUGCGGUCCGAAAGCCUGCAUGUCCUUCAGCUGGACGUGUGCCGUGAGGAGGAGGUGGCCGAGGCCCUCCGGUUUGUGAGGGAGAACCUGAAGGAACCUGAGCAAGGUCUGUGGGGCCUGGUGAACAACGCCGGCGUCGCCUCCUUCGGGGAGGUGGAAUUCACCAGCAUGGAGAAGUUCAAGGCAACGGCUGAAGUGAACCUGUGGGGCACGAUCCGCGUCACCAAGGCCUUCCUGCCCCUCAUCCGCAAGGCCAGAGGUCGCGUGGUCAACCUGGCCAGCAUGUUGGGCCGGAUGGCCAGCCCGCAGCGCUCCUCCUACUGCGUCUCCAAGUUCGGGGUGGAGGCCUUCACGGACUGCUUGAGACAGGAGAUGUACCCCUGGGGGGUCUCGGUGGUGGCCAUCGAGCCCAGCAACUUCAUCGCGGCCACGGGCAUCUUGACCCGGGAGGGCGUGGACUCUGAAGCCGAGCAGAUGUGGCGCGAGGCCAGCGAGACCCUCCGCGCAGACUACGGGGAGGCCCACUUCUUGCAGCGGGUGGAGCAGAUGAGGGCCUUUGUCCGUAGCGGCCUGAGGGACGUCUCCCCCGUGCUUGAUGACAUUACGGAGGCGCUGACCGCCCGACACCCGUGCACCCGCUACAACCCCAUGGAGACCCACUUGUGGAUGCGGCUGCAGGCCGUGACCCACUUGCCCACGGCUCUGUCGGACUGGCUGUAUGUCAAGUAGCCGUCAUGGGCUGAAGGGGGGGCACCCGUCCUGCCAGUCCGCUCUGGUUCCGGGGCUGGGGGUGGGCAGCCUUUCCACCCACCAUCCUCCCUCUCUCUUCAUGUUCAGGGAGCGGUUGCCCUCCGUGCCUAGGAACACUCGCCAGCUAACCGUGGGAUGAAAAGGACCACCGCUCUGUUCUCCCUCUCCUCUCCUCUCCCCUGCCCUGCCUUCCAGGUGCCUGUCUCUGGACCCUCUGCAGACCACAUCUGUCCGUGCAGGAUGAUGGUGGGGAAGGGCUGGGGAGAUGAUCAGCUCCUGCCCCUAAUUAUACCGCAUUCGUAUUAUGAGAGCACCCCCCGCCGCUGAAUCACCUGCCUUUCGGCUCCAUUCCUGCGGGCUGCAGAUCCAAGCAGCGACACCAAUCUCCAUGGUUUUGGAGAUACUGAGAGCAGGAGGAGGAGGAAGAGGAGGAGGAGGCAGUCCUGCAAAGAAGGGAACCUCAACCAGCCAGGGUCCAGGGCCCAGGGCCCAGCGGUGGACAGGGGCCACGUGCCAGGAUGCUCUCCAUGCAGGCCUGAGCCAGGGAACCCAGUCCCCCCACCCCCGCUCGCCUGGAGGGAGGGCUUGUAAAGAAGCAGCCUCUCCUUUCGCUCCAGUUGCCAGGGAGGGGCCCUGCAGGACUCUGUGGAACUUUGUGCUUUGAAAGAACUGGGCAGGUUUAGCCUUGAGAAAAGAAGAGGUUAGGGGAGAUGCCAUAGCCCUCUUCAAAGACUUGAAAGGCUGUCCCACAGAGGAGGGGCAGGAUCUGUUCUCAGUCAUCCCAGAGUGCAGGACCCGCAACAAUCAGCUGGAGCUACAGAAAGCCACAUAUUGAUUGAAUAUCAAGAAAAAAAUAUCUUAACUGUUAGAAUAGUAUGACAACGGAACCCAUGACCUCGGGGGGGGGGCAA